GGUAGAGCAGGGUCUUUGAACGCAGCAGCUGCAGCCUCCAGUCCAACUGCACCGGGCUCAGUGGUGAUGAGCAGCGGCUUCUGCGGGGCUCAACUUCGGACUGCUGGGCACAUCUGGACGAUGGAGCACGCCGUUUACUUUGCACUUUUGCUCAGUUUGCAUCGCCCGGAGUCGUCCGUGGUGCUCGCCUUCAACCUUGAUACCAGCCAAGUCAUCAGGAAAUCCGGAGAAGCGGGGAGUCUGUUCGGCUUCUCCCUGGCCAUGCACCGGCAGCUCAACCCGGAUAAAAGAAUGUUGUUGAUCGGGGCCCCCAAAGCCAGAGCCUUAGGAAAACAGACGGCCAACAUCACCGGAGGACUUUAUAAAUGUGAAGUGUCUCUGUCCACCGACUGUGAGCGGGUUGUAUUUGACAACGAAGAGGACGUACGCACAGAGAACAAGGAGGACCAGUGGAUGGGGGUGACGGUCGAGAGCCAGGGGCCCGGGGGGAAGAUUGUGACGUGCGCCCAUCGCUACCAGAAGCGCCUGUUCGUGAACACCCCUCAGGAGUCGAGGGACAUCACCGGGCGCUGUUACGUCCUGAGUCAGGACCUGACCAUCGACUCCUCCUCCGACGAGGACGGGGGCAACUGGAACUUCUGCGAGGGCCGGUCCAGAGGCCACGAGAUGUUCGGGUCGUGCCAGCAGGGCCUGGCUGCCACCUUCACCAAGGACUACCACUACGUGGUGUUCGGAGCGCCGGGCGCCUACAACUGGAAAGGUGUCGUACGCGCGGAGCAAAAGAACAACACGCUGCUGGAGAUGGGCGUGUAUGAUGACGGUCCAUAUGAAGUGGGGGAUGAGCAUCUCCUGAACCCAGAACUAGUGCCUGUACCUGCCAACAGCUACCUCGGCUUCUCCCUCGACACCGGGUUCGGCAUCACUAGGGGCAGGGGCCUGACGGUGGUGGCGGGAGCCCCCAGAGCCAAUCACAGCGGAGCCGUCCUCCUGCUGAGGAAGGAGAGCGAAGGCUCCAGCCGGCUGACGGUGGAGCACACGCUGCACGGGCCUGGGCUGGCGUCCUCCUUUGGAUACGACGUGGCCGUGGUGGACCUGAACGGUGACGGAUGGCAGGACCUCGUCGUCGGAGCCCCUCAGUUCUACAUGAAGGACAGAGACAUCGGAGGGGCCGUGUACGUCUACAUCAACAGGGCGGGGAGGUGGGACAAAGUCACGCCGGUCCGCCUCAACGGGACCAGAGACUCCAUGUUUGGACUGGCAGUGCAAAACAUCGGCGACGUCAACCUGGACUCAUACGAAGACGUGGCCGUGGGCGCUCCCUAUGAUGACGGCGGGUCGGGAAGGGUGUACAUUUACCACGGCUCCUCACGAGGAAUCGACACCAAACCCUCACAGAUCCUUUCAGGCAAACGGCACGGCCUCCAGUUAUUCGGCUACUCGCUCGCAGGAAACAUGGACCUGGACGGCAACUCGUACCCGGACGUGGCCGUGGGCUCUCUGUCGGACACGGCUCUCAUUUACAGGGCACGGCCGGUCAUCAGCAUCACGAGAAACGUCAAGAUAUCGCCGCGAGAAAUUGACCUUACGACCAAAACCUGCGGUAACAGUAACUGCUUCACUGUGGAGACCUGCUUCACCUACAAAGCCAAGCCGGCGUCCUUCAGCCCACGACUGUCUAUCAGCUACUCGGUGGAGGCAGACGGUGAUCGCAGGAGACGGGGGCUGCCCUCCAGGGUCACGUUCCUCAACAAGUCCCUCACCGACGCGGACAACCAGUUUAACGGCACCGUGGACCUUCGGGGCCAAAACCAGGAGACGUGCGUGGUGUUAAAGGCCAAGUUAAAGGACAACAUUAAGGACAAGAUGCGCAACGUCCCCGUCGAGGUGUCCACAGACAUCUCCGGCGCCAGGCGCCAGCGGACGAGGAACGGCCUCCCUCAGCUCGCACCCGCGCUGGACUCGUCUGAGCCCAACAAAGACGUCACUGAGGUCAGCUUUGUCAAAGAGGGGUGUGGGAGCGACCAAACCUGCCGGAGCAACCUGAGGAUGGACUACAGGUUAUUCUACAAGGAGAACAACCUGGACGCCUACAAGCCCCUGCCCAUGAGGAACGGCAUCCCCGUGUUCUGUCUGGACUACCAGCGGAGGAACCUGGCGCUGCAGGUGACGGUGAGCAACGUGGAGGCAGACGACGCCUACGAGGCCAAGCUGCUGGGGAGCUUCCCGGACGCGCUGUCGUAUUCCGGAGUCCGAUCGCAUCAAGCGGUGGAGAAGCCGACCGUGUGCGUCGCCAACCAGAACGGCUCCCAGGCCGAGUGCGAGCUGGGGAAUCCUUUCAAGAGGAACUCUCAGUCUACGUUUUACAUCAUCCUGAGCACCGCUGGCAUGACGCUGGACACCACAGACAUCCACAUCGACCUGCAGCUCCAGACAACUAGUGUGCAGGAAAAUGCUGUUGCCCUGAAAGUAAAAGCUCAAGUGAUCAUUGAACUUCCAUUGUCGGUCAGCGGUGAGGCGAGUCCCAGUCAGGUUUCCUUUGGAGGUGCUGUGAAAGGAGAAAGUGCCAUGAAGACGGAGGACGAGAUUGGAAGUCUGAUUACCUACACCUUCAGAAUAAACAACUUGUGGAAAACGUUGGCAUCUACGGUUAAAGCUUCACUGAGAAUUCACUGGCCCAAGUUCAACAAGGACGGGAAGUGGCUUCUGUACCUGGUGAAGAUAACGACGGGGCCGGAGCUCCUCCACUGCUCUCCUGAGUCUGAGAUCAACUCUCUCAAGCACAUCCAGGAGUCCUCUGCGCGGACUAAACGGGAGGUGGAGAGGAAAGAACGGAAACCCCGCGUGAAAGCGUCCUCUCUGCCGGAGAGGAGCCGUCGGAACACGCUGACGUGCGACGGCGGCGUCACGUGCGUGGAGCUCAGCUGCCCCCUGCUGGGCCUGGACGGUACCGCCAUCGAGCUGAGAGCGCGGCUGUGGAACUCCACCUUUAUCGAGGACUACGCCGCUCUGGCCGCCCUGCAGAUACACGUCAAGGCCUCGCUCGUGCUCCACACUCAGGCUAAAAACAUGAUCCUGACCACGCCGGACAUCGACGUGAGAGUGACCGUGUCCCCAGAGAGCGCAGUGGCACAGAACGGAGGCGUGCCCUGGUGGAUCAUCCUGAUCGCCGUCCUCGCAGGUGUCCUGAUUUUGGCUUUGCUAGUGUUUCUGCUCUGGAAGUGCGGAUUCUUCAAGCGCUCGAAACAAGACGACAGCGUCCCCCGAUACCACGCCGUGCGGAUAAAGAGGGAGAGCCCGGACGGCAGAGGUGGAAAGGUCAACGUGGAUCCUUUUGAGAAGAAGCAGUGGAUCACAACUUGGGUCGACGACGAGAGCUACUCGUGACAGAGUUUGCGCUGAAAGCGUUUUCGGAGAGUGAGGGAGACCUGAUUUAUCUUAAUUGACACAAUCACACUGAACUUUCUUUGGCUGCUCCUUUAGUCAACAUGAUAAUCUGCUUGAAUCGAGUCGUUCCAGUCUUUCACUGUAUAGAUGAUUGUUUUGUAUGUUUUGUAUAUAUUAAAAUGAUUAUGCAUAAUGUAUAUUUAUUUUUUUGAUAAAAAAACAAUCACGGAGCCAAAGAGUUUUUCAGUCUUGUGCCGUGUUUACUGCUGUUUAAUGGAACCUGCAAACUAUGCAACAAAGGUACAGCUCAGUGUUAAGACUUUUUGCUGGUGCUUUAAUUAUGAAAAUGUUUCUGGCUUUUGGAUUAACAUGUAGGUACAAUGCUGCAUCCCAUCUGUUGCAUGUGUAAAAACCAUAAGUGGGUCUUUCUAUCUCCACGUCUGUUUCGAUUUAAUUGCUCACCUCCUUUAACUACUGUAGCAUCAGGUAGCUGCACCACUGUACUGCAAGUCAUCACUGAAGAGAUCGCUUCUUACUUCACGUGAGGAUUCCAAAGGGAAGAUGCUCAUAAGCAACUGGAAUGUAGAUUUUAUAGUUUGUUUUAAAUAAAAGUCUUAAAUGUCAAGUACAAUAAAACGCCUGACGAUA